UUGGAGAGACGCCUACGUCAUGGAUUAAGGCAUCUAAGGAUGUAACUACCCCGUGUUGAGAGACGCUGGUCUAACUAAUCAUCACUAAUUGGGGAUUAUAACAUUCACAGAUCAAGGAUUUGAAAAUGGCUAAAUCGGUGUCAGGGUAUGAGCCUAUGGAUGAGGGUGAGGUGACGCAGUCCGAGGCAAAGGAUGUGUUCCUCAACGUCAUCAGCACCUUGGGCAUCAUGCUGUUCACUGGGAUGAUAGUUGUCGCUGUGAUAUUCUUCAACGAGUGCCCGACCCAGCCGUACCUCGCCAUCUAUAUGAUAGUCCAGGGAUCUGUGUCCAUCACGAUGCCCAUACUGUUCCUCGUCAAGUACCGACUCGGCGUUGGCAUCAAGCGACUCAACUUCCUCACCUAUGUCGUCACUGUCGCCGUCCUCUCCUUCGGUUGGUUCUGCGCAGGGACCUACUGGCUGAUGACAGCGGGAUGUCCGAGUACCUUCCUGUACCGGUCAGCGAUUGGCUUCCUGGUGCCAGUGUGGAUCAUCGCCAUCAUGUGCAUCGUCACCUUCACGUGGGCGUGCUGCAGAAAGCAAGAGUAACACUGGAAACGUCCUGACUCGGGAAUAUAUGUCAAUUAUUACCUGCCUACUUAUUUAGAUUCAACACACGUUAAUGUGGAUGUAAACCUCAGCCCUUGCACUGCUGCUUAUACAGUAAACUACGGUUAUAACGAACCCAAAUGGAUCACUAAUUGUAUUUCGUUAUAACCGUAGUUCGUAAAACACAUAUGCACAACAUAUAUACAGCAAAUG